AUGUCCCCUUUCAGACUGCUCUAUGGAAAAAGAUGUCAUCUACCUGUGGAAAUUGAACAUAAGGCAUACUGGGCAAUCAAGCAAAUUAACCUCAGUAUGAGCCUAGCUGGAGAAACGCGAAAGCUGCAGCUGAGUGAGUUGGAAGAGCUUCGGUUGGAGGCUUACGACAAUGCUGUGCUCUAUAAGGAGCGAACCAGGAGAAUCCAUGAUGCUAAGAUCAGAAAGAAGGAAUUCUGGGUAGGACAAAAAGUCCUACUUUUCAAUUCUCGUUUCAAAAUGAUGGCCGGGAAGUUUCGUUCAAAAUGGUCAGGACCAUUUGUGAUCAAAGGGAUUUUUUCAAAUGGAAGCAUAGAGGUGUACGAUCACAAUGGAGUUGAUACAUUCGUGGUGAAUGGGCAUCGUUUGAAGCCCUACCAUGAACUUGCUGAAGUAGAAAAAGAGAAGGAGGAAUGCCACCUUCUCAACCCUGUGUACGAGUGA